AUGUACGCCAGGGAGAUGGAUUUUAUACAAAUUAUUUGGAUAGUUAUUUUAUGCUGGACUGGGGUUGAUUCUGUUAUUAAUUUGAAAUACUCGAUAAACGAAGAGCAGAAAGCUGGGUAUAUCAUUGGAAACGUGACAAAGGACGCACAAACGCAAGGAUUUGCCAUUGCACCGCGGGCGCCGUACUUGCGGGUCAUCUCGAAUUCAGAGCCGCGAUGGGUGGAACUCAGCCCGGCUGGACUUCUCCUCACACAUCAGAAAAUAGACCGGGACGUGGCUUGUCGACAGACGACAAAGUGCACUGUCUCUCUGGAGGUGAUGUCAAACUCUAUGGAGAUAUGUGUCAUUAAAGUUGAAAUUGUGGAUUUGAACGAUAAUGCGCCCAGAUUCCCCACAAACCACAUUGACAUUGAAAUCUCAGAGAACGCCUCCCCUGGUACCAGGUUCCCCCUAGAGGGGGCAAGCGAUCCGGACUCGGGGAUCUUCGGUGUGCAAUCAUAUUCGAUCACCCCGAAUGAGCUCUUCGGGCUGGAGAUUAAGACUAGGGGGGACGGGUCCAAGAUUGCAGAGCUCGUAGUUCAAAAAUCUUUAGAUCGGGAGACCCAGUCUCACUAUUCAUACGAAAUCAGUGCAGAAGACGGUGGAGACCCCCCAAAGAUUGGCGCAGUCCAGCUCAAUGUUAAAGUAAUAGAUUCGAAUGAUAAUAAUCCAGUUUUUGACCAGCCUGUGUAUACAGUGAACGUGAUGGAGAAUUCUCCGAUUAAUACACUUGUAAUUGACUUGAAUGCAACAGACCCUGACGAGGGAACUAAUGGUGAGGUUGUGUACUCGUUUAACAGUUACGUCACCGAGAAAACGAGAGACGUAUUUAAAAUUGACCCUAGAACCGGUAUUAUCACUGUAAAUGGCCCUUUGGAUUAUGAAGCAACCCAUAUUUACGAGAUUGAUGUCCAAGCCAAAGAUUUAGGUCCCAAUUCGAUUCCGGCUCAUUGUAAAGUCACUGUCAAUGUGAUGGAUGCGAACGAUAACCCACCUGUCAUUAGUUUAUUGUCGGUGAACACGGAGCUGAUUGAAGUUAGUGAGAACGCGCCUCGUGGAUACGUUAUUGCAUUAGUGAGGGUCUCAGACAAGGACGCGGGCGCGAAUGGCAAGGUGCAGUGUAGACUACAAGGCAACGUCCCUUUCAGGCUCCAGGAAUACGAGAGCUUCUCAACCAUCCUUGUCGAUGGCAGGCUAGACAGAGAGCAGAGGGACACGUACAAUCUAACUAUCCAAGCAGAGGACAGUGGCACCCCCCCUUUACGCGCCACUAAAUCGUUUGUAGUGAAAGUCACAGAUGAAAAUGAUAACCCUCCCCACUUUCUAAAACCACAUUACCAAGAGAUGGUCCUAGAAAACAACCUGCCUGGCUCAUGUUUGCUGGCUGUGUCAGCUGUAGAUCCCGAUUUGGGCAUGAAUGGCACAGUUUCAUACACCAUCGUGCCCAGUGAGAUUAAACACAUGGACGUAAACACAUAUGUCAGCAUAAAUCCUUCAGGGCGUAUUUAUUCCAUGAGAUCAUUCGACCACGAGUACACUAGGACUUUUGACUUCAAAGUUUUGGCCAGGGACCAGGGGAAUCCGUCCUUAUCCAGUAACGCGACGGUGCGCAUUGUCGUUUUGGAUGUGAAUGACAAUACACCUGUUAUGACCACUCCAUCCCUGGUAAAUGGUACCGCGGAGGUAUCCAUUCCAAGAAACGCAGGAGUGGGUUACCUGGUGACCCAAGUCAAGGCCGACGACUAUGACGAGGGGGAGAAUGGAAGGCUGACCUAUACCAUCUCGGAAGGGGACAGGCUUUUCUUCGAGAUAGACCAAGUGAAUGGAGAGGUGCGGUCCACCAAGAUGUUCGGAGAGCAGGUCAAGUCGACCUACGAGAUCACAGUGGUGGCACGCGACCACGGGAAACCGUCGUUGUCGGCCUCGGCAUACAUUGUUGUUUACCUCUCACCGGACCUGAACGCUCAGGAAUCUAUUGGACCCGUAAACCUGUCGUUGAUCUUCAUCAUUGCCCUGGGCUCUAUUGCUGCUAUCCUGUUUGUCACUAUGAUUUUUGUGGCAGUCAAGUGCAAAAGGGAUAACAAGGAGAUCCGAACGUACAACUGCAGGGUGGCGGAGUACUCGUACGGCAGCCAGAAGAAGUCGAGCAAGAAGAAGAAGCUGAGCAAGAACGACAUCCGCCUCGUGCCGCGCGACGUGGAGGAGACGGACAAGAUGAACGUGGUGAGUUGCUCGUCUCUCACCUCCUCCCUCAACUACUUCGACUACCACCAGCAGAGCCUGCCGCUGGGCUGCAGGCGCUCCGAGAGCACCUUCAUCAACGUGGACAACCAGAACUCACGCAAUGCUGCACCCAACCACGGCAGUUAUCAGCAGCACUCCUUCGCCAGCGGGCAGGGCCCCCAGCAGCCUGACCUCAUCAUCAACGGCAUGCCACUGCCUGAGACGGAUAAUUAUAUCGACUCCAGCUAUGUGAACAGCCGAGCACAUCUUAUCAAAAGCACAUCAACAUUCAAGGACCUGGAGGGCAAUAGUCUGAAGGACAGCGGGCACGAAGAGAGCGACCAGACGGACAGUGAGCACGACGUCCAGAGAGGCCACUACAUAGACACGGCUGUCAACGACGUGCUCAAUAUGACCGUACCCCCCAACGUCUGCCAGCUGCCUGACCAAGACUCAAGCGAAGGCUUCCACUGCCAGGACGAGUGUCGCAUCCUGGGCCAUUCGGACCGCUGCUGGAUGCCCCGUGUGCCCGGCCCAGCCCGUGGCAAGUCUCCUGAGCAUGGCCACCCACGUAAUAACGUCAUUGCCCUGUCCAUCGAGGCCACCACCGUGGAUGUGCCCCACUAUGAGGACUGCGGCACCGGCACCAUCAAACGGACUUUUGCCACCUUCGGCAAGGACGGCCCAGAGGACCCAGAGCGGGGCGAGCUAAAGGGCAACAAGCGGACAAUGAUGGAGUCGCAGGCAUACAGCCCCAAGGCCAACGGCGGCGCUGUGCGCGAGGCAGGCAACGGGCGCGAGGCAGCCAGCCCCAUCACCUCCCCUGUGCACCUGAAAAGCCCGCUGGCCAAAGCGCCAUCCGGCUACAACACGCUCAAGUGCCGCGACGCUGAGCGCAUCGCCAACCACAGCAUGCUGCGACAGCCCGAGGGAAAGGACAGCGAGCCGGCCGUCCGGGAGAUCAACACGCUCCUCCACGACAGCGGCCAUCUUGAGAAGGAGUCUCCCAGCAGCAAGCGCCUGAAGGACAUUGUGCUCUAA